AUGGAAUCCAUUCUCCAACAGUCGCGGGCCAUGUGCCCGUUCCUCAAGCGGUCUUCGCCCGGCGCCCUUCGUGCUCUGGCGACCGCUACCAGGCCUGUCGGAGGAGGCACCAUGUCCAACCUCCAGAUCCUUGCUCGCCGCUGCCCCGUCAUGAGCAAGGCCCUGGCCGUGCAGAGUGCCCGUCUUGCCAAUACCAAGCGGUUCACCAUGUGUGCAGCCGGUGUGGCUACCCCCAUGAAGUCUCACAAGGCCCCUUCCAGCCAGAGAGCCUUGCACACCACCAGCGGCCAUGGCGCUAGUGUUGCCCCUGGAGCCUACGAAAAGACUCAGCGACAGUGUCCUAUGGGCUCGCACUCGCAGGCUGAGACGGCGAAGUUGACCUUCGCUGCUCCUCGUCCGGGGGCUCCUGUUAACAAGCCAUUCGACUACAAUGCCUUCUACAAUACCGAAUUGGAGAAGAAGCACAAGGAUAAGUCGUACCGCUACUUCAACAACAUCAAUCGUCUGGCCAAUGAGUUCCCUCGGGCUCACACGGCCUCUCCCGAAGAGCGCGUGACUGUGUGGUGCUCCAACGACUAUCUCGGCAUGGGCCGCAAUUCCGAAGUGCUUGAGACUAUGCAUCAGACAUUGGAUACCUACGGUGCUGGGGCGGGAGGCACUCGCAAUAUAUCCGGACAUAACAAGCAUGCCGUCCAGUUGGAGAGGACGCUUGCUGAUUUGCAUGGCAAGGAGGCGGCUCUCGUCUUCAGCUCCUGUUUUGUAGCCAAUGAUGCCACCUUGGCAACGCUGGGCAGCAAGAUGCCGGAUUGUGUCAUCUUGUCUGACAGCCUGAAUCACGCGUCGAUGAUUCAGGGUAUUCGUCAUUCAGGUACCAAGAAAAUGGUUUUCCGACACAACGAUCUGGAGGAUCUCGAAUCGAAGCUGGCGUCUCUGCCCCUCCACAUUCCCAAGAUCAUUGCCUUUGAGUCGGUCUACAGCAUGUGCGGAUCCAUCGCGCCAAUCGAGAAGAUCUGCGAUCUCGCGGACAAGUACGGGGCGAUUACUUUCUUGGAUGAAGUCCAUGCUGUGGGUAUGUAUGGCCCGCAUGGCGCUGGUGUUGCUGAACAUCUUAAUUACGACAUCCAUGCUUCCCGGGACCUGGAAAAUCCCCGCAGUGCUAAAGGGACCGUGAUGGAUCGCAUUGACAUCAUCACGGGAACCUUGGGCAAGGCCUACGGCUGCGUUGGCGGAUACAUUGCCGGGUCAGCGGCUAUGGUAGAUACCAUUCGCUCAUUGGCUCCGGGGUUCAUCUUCACCACGUCUCUGCCUCCAGCUACAAUGGCGGGCGCAGAUGCCUCGAUCAAGUACCAGGCUCGGUACCAGCGCGAUCGUAUUCUGCAGCAAUUGCACACUCGUGCCGUCAAGGACGCGCUCAACAAGCUGGACAUUCCGGUCAUCCCCAACCCGUCACAUAUUGUGCCUGUCCUGGUCGGAGAUGCCGAAUUGGCCAAAUUAGCUUCAGACAAGCUGCUGGAAGAGCACGACAUCUAUGUCCAGGCCAUCAAUUACCCGACGGUACCUAGGGGAGAGGAACGGCUCCGUAUCACGCCGACUCCGGGACACGUCAAGGAGCAUCGCGACCAUCUGGUCCAGGCUCUUCAGAAGGUCUGGAACGAGCUCGGGAUCAAGCGCACCAGCGACUGGAGGGCCCUGGGCGGAUUCGUGGGCGUUGGCGUUGAGGGUGCGGAUGCCUCGAACAAGCCUAUCUGGAGUGACAUGCAGCUAGGGCUGGGUGACAAGGAGACUCCUGAACAGGCUGCGGAGCGGGAAUUCCGCGAGGAAGCCCUGGAGAAGCAGCAGCAGGCGAUGCAGACCCAAGCGCCAGUUGCUGUUGGUGUAGCAGUCUAG